AUGUUUAAAUUGUGCAUCCUUGCGUUGGCUCUUCUCUGCAGCUGUCAGACAUCGCUGGCCGGUUUCCUCGGUGGAUAUGGUGGCUAUGGCGGUUAUGGUCAUGGUGGUUACGGUGGACAUGGAUACUAUGGCGGUGGUUAUGGUCAUGGUUACGGCGCAGCUGUGGUUGCUGCAGCUCCGGUGGUCAAAGAAGUUGUUGCUGCUCCUGUGGUCAAGGAAGUUGUUGCCGCACCGGUUAUUACGAAAACAAUUACACCGGUAAUUACAAAAACAAUUGCCGCCGCUCCGGUUUUUAAAGUUGCCGCCGCUCCGGUUAUUAAAGUUGCCGCAGCUCCCGUCUACUAUGGCGGUUACGGCGGUUAUGGUCACGGCUAUGGUGGAUACGGCCAUGGCUAUGGUGGUUAUGCCUUGUCUUACGGUCAUGGUUAUGGUGGUUACGGAGGUCACUAUGGUGGUUAUGGUCAUGGUUGGUAAAUUGUUUGCCGGAGGAUGAUGGUGAUUGCUGGUUGCAUAAAAAAUAGUAUCCUCCUGCUGAGAAAUUUUUAUUUCAUUUGUUAUUGUUUUUAUUUCCUUUGACGCUACCAAAUAAUCAAAGUCAUAUUAAUUGUUAAUUUUCGUAACAAAAAAAUCAAAGAAUUGUUGUAUAACAAAAUAAUUUGUUUUUAUCGUAUAUUUUUAGCUUCAGACUAACUACUCAAAAUGCAUUUUUUGUAAAUACUCAUUGAUAACAUUUCCAUUAUAUAAUCACAAGUAAUUUUUUGACUCGAUCGAUGAUAAGUCAUAUAUGUAUGUAUUGUGUUUAAUUUUUAAAUAUCACGUUGU